CUCGUGGUGUGUGGAUCGAUAGACGAGUAGUCGAAUGGUGAUCUGUAUGUGACUUUAUGGUGAUCUACCAAAUUGGUUACGUUAUCCGAAAAAUGUGCGUGUGAUGGCGUGAAAGCACGGAAAUGGCGACUCUGGCAGGUAAUCUGGUACCCCAUCCCCAUCACUUUCCGAGACCAACCAUGGAAAGCACCGAUGGUUCAGUGUCUAUGGACUCCAGUGAUAACUUCGAUAAGGACUCGCUGAACAUCGACGAUGCCAGCUGCUGUAGUGACGAUACCGUUUUGUCUGUCGGCAACGAGACGCCAGUAUCAGACUGUAAGAGUGAGAUUUUGUCGUUCAAAAAUAUCGAAAACCACCUAAACGCCAUAUCCCAUAUAACGAACAGCACCUUGGCUGCGGAUGCCAGCACCGCCAGGAGCUCCUCUAGUCCUGUACAUAGUUUAUUUAGCCCAUCUAGUACUAAUUCUUCCUCGAAUUUUCGACAUCGGACUGCCGAAAACGUGAGCAGAAGUCCUGGCAGUACCAAUUCUAGUUCGAGCACGCAUAAAGACUUUUCUGAUGACGAGGCGAAUAACGCUCGUUUGAAGUUUUCAAUCGAUAACAUAUUGAAAGCUGAUUUCGGUAGGCGAAUCACGGAUCCUAUCAAAAUCAGGAAGACCGUGCCAAAACGAGUGGUUCCCGAAUGCAGGGAGGACAGUAGAGUUUCCGCGCCUAUAGACUUGAGUAAAAAUGAAGAGAAGGAGAAAAAAGAAGACAGUCAACCGAUCCUAUGGCCCGCCUGGGUGUAUUGCACACAUCAGGGGAUAGCGGUGGCCAAUUUACUGAACCUCCACGGCCAAUCCAACUAUUGGGGUAAUGGGCAUCGAGAUGGUUUCUAA